AUGAAUGUGAAGAUUGAGGAUCGCACGUACAUCAAUGCAAUUACCACGUCCAUUCCCCGCUCUUUCGCUCCCACUGUCACUGCAAUCACCACGGCUGUCAACAUAUACAACUCAACUCUCGCACCGAAUGCUGCUCAUCGAGUUGUUGCGUCAACGGAGAUCAUUUCAGCUCUCCGAGCUGAGGCCGAUUCCCGCGCCGUGUUGAAAUCCGGAGAAAAGACUGCGACAGCCAGUGCUGCUUUUGCUGGCGGUCGCGGCGGAGGCCAAGCCCGCGGCCACCAUGGCCACCGCGGACACGGAGGAAAUUCGGGCAAGGGGAGUGCUCCGAAAUCAGAUGACGAUCUGAUCUGCUUCAAGUGCAGCAGCAAAGGCCACCGUGCACCCGACUGUCCGUCGAAGAAGCAAUACUAUCAGCGCAUGAAAGGAAAGGCAGAGGCCGCCGCGAGCAGCUCUGGCUCUGCAGAUUCGAAGGUGAAGGCCGACUUGAAAUCAAAGGACGGCGCGAAGGAUUCUUCAGCGCCGGCUGCGGCCGCGCAGUCCGCUUCAUCUGCGCACAUUGAGGAGGCUUGGAGUGCUUCUGCGGUGUUUCCUGCUCCUUUCGAGGAGAUUGUCAUUGACUGCUCUGAGUUAGCAGCUCAAGACGAGGUCCAUAUUUCGGACACACAUGACCAUUUUGCAGGCAUCGCUGAGUCCGGACGUCGAAUUGAUAUUUUUGACUCUGGUGCUUCGCACCAUAUGACACCACAUCUCGAUCGGCUUUCCAACUUUCAGACCACUGCACCACACCAGAUUCGCACUGCGAACUCCGAGAUUUUCUACUCGAAUGGUAUGGGUGAAAUGCUUAUGCAUCUCCCGGUUGAAAAUGGCGGUCGGCACAUCCGUCUCAAGGGUGUCUUGUAUGCUCCUGCUAUGCAUGCUACGCUGAUCUCUCUGGGUAUUCUCGACGAGGCUGGAUUUACUUGGAUGGGCCAUGAUGGCUUAUUGACUGUCUUCAACAAGAUGAAUGACAUCAUUGCGAGGAUUCCCCGCGUAAACAACCUGUAUCGUAUUUUCUACGAUUCUGCCUCCCUUGCAUCCCCUGUCCAACUCUCACUCUUCGAGAUCCACAAGCGACUCGGUCACAUCAACUAUGGCUACAUCAAAGCCAUGCUCCGUGAGAAUCGUCUUGCGGGCAUAGCGCUCAAUCCACAUCAUUCCGACGAAACUGAGUGUCGAACGUGCCUGGCUGCAAAGGCCCGCCGUGCACCCAUUGCUGCAGUACGCCGAUCUCCAUUGGCGGAGAAAUUCAGAGAGCACUUUCACAUGGAUAUCUGGGGACCUGCUACAGUGUUCACCAUUGACCAUUGCAAGUAUUGCCUGACAAUUGUGGACGAUGCGACCCGCUGGCUGGCGAUGCCGUUGAUGCGUGUCAAGUCUGAGGCUUUUGGCAAAUAUGUUGUCUAUGAGGCUCGCCUGCAGACGCAGCAUGGCAUGCAUGUAAAAAUCUUGCAAUCGGAUCGUGGUGGCGAGUUUCUAUCUGCCGACAUGGAUGUGCACCUUGAGCGCGCUGGUACAAUUCGAAAAUUAACUGUCCACAACACACCUGAGCAUAACGGAGUCGCGGAGCGCACACAUUUGACCGCGUUUAAUGGUGUGCGUGCCGUGCUUGUCGGAUCUGGUCUCCCGAAAUGGCUGUGGGGCGAAGCACUUGCCUAUGUCGUCUAUGUCUACAAUCGCACGGCUCGCCACGCACUGCAGGGAAAAUCGCCUUUUGAGGUGCGCUUCGGACAUGCACCUGAUGUCUCGAACCUACAUGAAUGGGGAUCAGUCGUGUAUGUCAAAGUCGACACGAACUCGAAAUUCGACGCCCGCGGAAAGGAAGCCCGCUGGAUUGGUCUCGAUCACACAUCAAAUGGCCACCGUAUUUACUGGCCGAAGGAGAAGAAGAUUUCUGUGGAAUGCAACAUAGUUUUUAGUGCAGGGUCUCCUCGCGUCGAGGGGGAGCACGAUGUCAAUAUAGGACCUACCUCUGAAAUUCCCGACGCUGUUCCGCCUCCUCCUAAACAUUCUCGUCCUGUUCCUGAGCCUGAGAAGCCCCCAUCGCUCGAACCGGGUGAAAUCCGUGAGCCAGUCGACCCCGAUAUUGUCACCGGCAAGCGCAAGCGCGAGCCGAGCGCAAAGUUGCGCGACAUCGCGUCAGGACAAGCAGAAGGAGCACUCACCGAUAUCACAAUCGACAACGACGAAGAAUGCGAAGUUCUCGCAUACUCCGUGGGUGCCGCUACAUAG